AUGACGACUGAGAUACGGCCUGAUGAGCUGGUCUUGGGGGACGAAGAAGACGAGAAUCGGUCAGAGGUUGAGAGUAUUGCCUCGUCCAGCACAAGUCUGCGCGAUUCCAUUCUUGACUACCGUCUUGAGAACGGCAGAACAUACCACCGGUAUAAAGACGGCAAAUACACGAAACCCAACGAUGAGCGGGAAAUGGACAGACUGGAGCUGGAGAAUGAGUUGUGGCUGAUUUCUCUCGAAUUCGAUUCCGGCGUCGCUCCGCCCGCCGUGAAAGAUUCCAAGGUCUCGUGUGCGAGGGUGCUUGACGUCGGUACUGGCACUGGUACCUGGGCCAUCAACUUUGCAGACGAGCAUCCCGAGUCUGAGGUCAUCGGCUUCGAUCUCUCGCCGCCCAUGGUUGAAUACGUGCCGCCCAACCUCAAAUUUGAGGUUGACGACCUCGAGGAGGAUUGGACAUGGUCCCGCCCUUUCAACUACAUCCACAGCAGAGUCAUGACAGGCGCCGUCAACGACUGGGACGUCUACCUCCGCAAGAUUUACAAUCAUCUCGUGCCGGGUGGUUGGGUCGAGCUACAGGAACUCGACCUCUUCGUCACCUCGGACGACGGCACCCUCACAGAGGAGCACGCGCUCUCAAAGUGGAGCAAGCUGCUCUACGGCGCCUCGGAGAGGCUCGGGCGCCCCUACAUCGACCCCAAGAGCUUGGACCUGAAAGCGGCCGGCUUUGUGGACGUGUCCAUCACGACCUUCAAAUGGCCGCUCAACGAGUGGCCCAAGGACCCCAAGUACAAGCAGCUCGGACGGAUACAGCUGGAGAACGGGACCACGGGUAUGGAGGCCUUCACCAUGGCAGCCUUUACGCGCGCGUACGAGUGGUCGCCCGAGGAGGUGAACGUCUUCCUCGUCGACGUCCGGAAUGACCUCAGGAACAAGGCCAUCCACGCUUACAUGCCGGCGUAA